GCUUAUCACUUUGUACACAGUAGCUUCUCAGCUGGUUUUUGUUUACAAUACAUUAAGCAAUAUAUGUUUUAACCCUUGUAAGACUAAGUAGGAAGUUGACCAUCAGUUUUAAUUGUGCUGCAGUUUAAUACUCGAAUAUGUCGCACAUGUGAUUGACUAAAAUUUGAUACAACAGCAGACUACUUUGACCAGCAUAAUAUUCUAACUGGAAAUAUGUUGUGUGCUCAUAGUACUGGAAGGCAAUGUGUGUUACGUAUCCUGCAGCCUUUGAGGCAGGGUGAGAAAACAAUAUUUGCUUUCUUCAGCACGAAGAAGGAUGGCACAGAGUCAUCUGACGAUGAAAGUGAUAAGAAAAAAACAUUACAAAAGGACAAUAAAUCACGUGCUGCUCUGGAAAAGCUCAACACAUUAAUCCAAUCUAUGGUCAAGGAGGAACAGUCAUCUCAGGGCAGUUCCUAUAGUGGAGACAAAUUUGCAAAACCAAAGAGAUAUUUUGUAAAGAAAGAGAAGCUGGAAAAACAAAUAGAUGCAAAACAUACCUCAGAGGAGAAAGUUUCAGCAUCUCCUGUCGAAAAGGCAGCAAAAGAGGUUGCUGAGGCAUUGGGAGGUGACACGAAGAAGACAGAAUCAGAACUGCUAAACAAGCUGCUCUCACACUCGGCAGAAGUGAAGCAGGGUUCCUCUGGCCAACAAGAGUCGAAACCAGCUCUUGAUCUUAGUGAGCUCAUAGCUGGAAUGAAGAUUGAUAGAACAAAGAAACCUAGCCCAUACGGUGCAGAAGAGACGAGCCGUGCACACCAGGUUAGGAGGAUACUUGGGCAGCAGCCACCACAACAGCCACCAGCAGAACCUCUUCGACGUACACGUGAUACAGGCUUGACACAACCGCGUGUGGAACGUGUUGACCUCUUUGGAGCUGAGCCUUUGGGAAUCUUCAAAGUAGAUGCAACCAAAACAGCUCAACCGAGCUUUGAUUUGGAAACAUGGACAAAACUGCAACAGCGAGAACUGAGACUUGCUGUGCUGCACCCACCAAAGAACAUUUUUGAGGAAAUGAUCCUGUGGACAGAACAAGGCAAACUUUGGAAAUUUCCAAUUGACAAUGAGCAAGGACUGGAAGAUGAAGCAAAAGUACCAUUUACAGACCAUGUUUUUCUGGAGCAUUACCUGGAACCAUGGUGUCCAAAGAGGGGUCCUAUACGUCACUUUAUGGAACUUGUGUGUGUUGGACUGUCCAAGAACAGUUUUGUAACUGCUGAAGAGAAGCGUAAACACAUUGAAUGGUACCGAGACUACUUUGCCAGCAAAAAGGACCUCCUUGAAGAAGUUGGUGCUCUUGGGUGAAGGUCUAUGUUCAAAAGUAUUUUUACACUCGAUAUUCUGUUACAGAAAUUAUAAUAAACAAUCUUAAUUAAAGAUAGAUUAAAAAGCAAUGGCUUUUCUAUAAA